GGUUGGGCGACGGGCGACCAUUGCCGCAUCGUCUUCGCCGCGAUGAUGCUGUCCCGGGUGAGCGUUGCACUGGCCGCUUUAGGAUUGUCGCAAGAUGUUCUGUCGGCAGCAUCUUCAGAUAAUAAUAAAUAUUCCCUCGUGCAACCCCUCUACAAACCUCUCGACCUUGGCUCCAUCAAACCUCUAGGAUGGUUCAAAGACCAACUCCAACUAGAAGCCGACGGCCUCGGCGGAAACUUGUUCGACUUCUACCGCUUCGUGCAUGACUCUAGGUACAUCGGUGGCUCGACUGAAUACUCCGCGCUGGACGAAGCAUCGCCGUAUUGGUUCAACGGCCUUGUUCCUCUUGCAUUUGGCCUGGGCGACGAAAGGAUCCGUAGCCAAGUGCAGUAUUACCUCGACUACGUACUUGAUCACCAACAGGAGGAUGGAUGGCUAGGAUUCGAGACGACGCAAGCUUCUAGGGGACUGUGGGCACGAUGUCUUCUUUUGCUCGGCAUGAUACAGUAUGCCGAGGCGGACCCCAUGCGGACAGAGAGAAUCGUGGAUGCAAUGCAUCGGUAUACUGUGCUCGCCCAUAGCAUGCUGAAGAAUAAUUACACAGGUCUGCUUGUACAUGGGAAUGAUACGUUUGACACUGCCGGAUUCGGGGUGGGAAGGACGCAUGAGAUGCAUAUACCCAUGCAGUGGCUUCUAGAGAGAUAUCCGAGGAAUAAUUCGGAGAUUCUGUGGGAGACGAUGCAGAUGAUGAUUGAUGGAGGUGUGGUUUGGGGAGCGGACUGGCGGACGUUUUGGACCGAGGAGAAUUACCCAAAGAUAUACUACGAAACUACGCCGUAUAAUCUGAGUUGGGUUUUUAUUCACGGAGUCAACAUGGCUGAAGGGCUUCGCUAUCCGUUAUCUCUAUAUCGAAACACCAACGACUCAUCUCUCAAAUCUCAAUCUCGGCUCGCAGUCGACCUCCUCGCCAAGUACCAUCGCUCACUAGCGGGUACCAUCAUCGCAGACGAAUACAUCUCAGACCUCAAUCCCAGUCGUGGUGCUGAGCUCUGCAUCGCAGCCGAAGUCAUGUUUUCAUCGGCUUACCUCUAUCAGUACUUGGGUGGUAAUGAUGUUGCUGACUGGGCAGAGCAGACGGCGUUUAAUGCGUUUCCCGUAAGUGUGACUCCGGAUUGGUGGAGUCAUCAAUAUGUUCAACAGGAGAACCAGCCGUGGUCACGCAAUCUGUCCACGAAUGAUCUAUGGUGGGAUGUUAAUUCGUACGCUAAUGUCUUCGGCCUGGAGCCAAACUAUCCAUGCUGCACGGUCAACCACCCGCAAGCCUACCCUAAGUUCCUAGCAAACUCUUUUGUAUCAACGGAAGAUGGCGGCCUCGCACACGUCUUCCUCAUCCCCUCCAGCGCAUCAACAGGUCUCGGCCCCGACGGCUCCAACAUAGUCCUCAUCAACGCAAACACUACAUAUCCCUUUGGCCACAACAUCACAUACAGUAUUUCCGCUACUGUUUCCUUCACGUUCUACGUCCGAAUCCCGGAAUGGGCGGAGAAGGCUAGCACCAUCAACGGCCAAAUCCCAGUAUCACCCAACGAUAGUGGACUGCAAAAGGUCGACGUGCCUGCCGGCAAAUCAUCGCUCAGCGUCGAACUCGCAGCAUCCCCGAGGGUGACUCAUAGAGCUAAUAACACCGCAGCAAUAUACUAUGGACCCCUUCUCUACGCCCUAGCCAUCGAGCACGACAUCACCUCGCACGAACCAAUCAACUACCGCUCACAACAACCCCUCCCCGCAAACACCACCGAUCCACUCGGUCGCACCCAGGACUUCCAGCUCACGCCCAAGAACGGUACGAUCUGGAACAUCGCAAUCGAUCCGCAACAAAUUGAAAUUGUGAAAACCAACAAGUCGAACUCGGGGUUAGGAGAGUUGGAUAAUCCCAUCUGGGAUUUGGGCGCUCCGCCCGUGGAACUGAGGGUCAAGGCGGUGGAGAUUGACUGGCCGGUUGUAAGAGAUUCGCCGGCGGAUCCGGGGACGUUUGAGGUUACUAGGAAGGGGGAACCGUUUUGGACGAGGUUUGUGCCGUAUGGAAGUUCGAAGUUGCAUAUGGCGUUGUUGCCGGUGAUGGGUUUGGAUGAUGCAUAG